CUGGCCGCAGCCACAGUCCCGCCCUAAUCCGACCCGGGCAGAGCCUCACCUCGAGGCCAGCUCGGGUCGGCCUCCGCUGGCCUGGCACUGCCCUCUCGGCUCAUCCCGGACCCGCAGGAGGGGAGGUGUAGUACUAAUUAGGGAGUUUAGCUUCCCUCUCCUGGAAAGCUCUUAUUCUCUCUUCUGGAACCCUGUUCACACUGGGUCAGUUCCCUGUUCCUUGUGCAGUCCUUGACACCAGCACAAAGCUCCAGUGAUUUGUGGUUUCUGUUGUUUUCUGGAUUCCUGGAGCUGUAGUCUGCCUGCUAACAAUCAGAGAGCUCGGGCACAAUUCUUCCUGCUACUGCUCAGCCAUCCCCACACACUGGGAUGGCACAAGAAGCUGCCCCACUCCUGCUGCUUUUCCUCACAAAGCUGGUAUCUUCCACCUGGCUUGAAGGCUCUGGCUACCAUGCUGCUGAGACAUACAACAAUGAAGUGUAUGUAGAGGAGACACCGCACACUCCAACCCUGGACUACCGAGUGCCUCAGUGGUGCUACCCAUUAAGCAUCCACCAUGGAGAGGCAAUCUGCUACUCUCCCCUGGGAGGGAAUUACCGCAGCAGCCUGGGGACACGCUGUGAACUGUCCUGUGAUCGAGGCUUCCGGCUCUUCGGGCAGAGGUCGGUGCAGUGCUUGCCAAGCCGUCACUGGUCUGGGAUGGCCUACUGUAGACAGAUCCGGUGCCACGUGCUGCCAGCAUUGCACUAUGGUUCCUACCAGUGCACAGCAGGGGUACUGGUGGACUCUCGUUGUGACUAUGCCUGCCUCCCGGGGUACCAGCUGGAGGGUGACCGCACACGGAUGUGUAUGGAAGAUGGGCGAUGGAGUGUCAGUGAGCCAAUCUGUGUAGACAUUGAGCCCCCCAAGAUCCGAUGUCCCGACUCACGAGAGAGGAUAGCAGAGCCAGAGAAACUGACAGCCACUGUGUACUGGGACCCCCCUCAUGUGAAGGACUCUGCUGAUGGCAUCAUCAAACGUGUGACACUGCGGGGCCCAGAACCUGGGUCUGAGUUUCCAGAAGGGGAGCAUGUUAUUCGUUACACCGCCUACGAUCAGGCUUACAACCGAGCCAGCUGCAAAUUUGUUGUCAGAGUUCAAGUGAGUCGCUGCCCUGUGCUGAAGCCACCGCAGAAUGGCUACCUCAGCUGCACCUCUGCAGGCAAUAACUAUGGCGCCAUGUGCAACUACUUCUGUGAUGGGGGCUACGAUCGCCAAGGAACCCCCUCACGCAUCUGUCAGUCCAGUCACCAGUGGUCAGGAUCACAGCCUACUUGUGUGCCCAUGCAGAUCAAUGUGGAUGUGAACUCAGCAGCAAGCCUCCUUGAUCAGUUCUUUGAGAAACGCCGGCUCCUGAUUGUCUCUGCUCCUGAUCCCUCUGACCGCUUCUACAAGAUGCAGAUUGCUAUGCUGCAGCAAGCCACCUGUGGGCUGGACCUACGUCACAUCACCAUCAUCGAGCUGGUGGGGCAGCCUCCCCAUGAGGUGGGACGCAUCCAGGAACAGCAGCUCUCAGCCAGCAUCAUUGAGCAGCUCAGGCAGUUCUUGCAGAUCACCCGCUCCCGCUUUAACAUGGUGUUGGUAGACAAGCAGGGUACGGACCGUGAGCGCUUCAUCGAGCCGAUUGACACUGACCAGCUCUUCGACUUUAUUGACACCUACCUGCUGAGCAGCCAGGAGGCCACCCGGCGUGCAGAAAACAGGGAUGUGUGCGAGUGAGCUAGUGCUGCAAUGGCAGGGGGUGAGGCUUUGCUUUGGCUACUGGGGGAAUGAUGUCCUGCCCCCUCCUGAAACCCAGACCUCCCACAGCCUCAGAGGACAGGAUUCCCUCACUGCUUUCUAGCUCUCAAUAGUGAAAGAAGCAGCAGAGUCAAAGGUCAAGAAUAUUCAUGGUGGAAAGGGACCAGCUGGUUCAAGCUGCUAGUGCAGUAGCCUUUCACAAGGAGGCUGAGAAAAUAUGUUUAGGCACUGUCUCCUCCUCCCCACCCUGCCCCGGCCCAAGUGAUGAAGUAGCAGGGAAACAGCAGGUCAGGCAGGAGGAUCUGAGGCUGUGUCAAGCCUGGUGGUACCUGGCAGGAGUACAGCAGCAGCAGAUGUUCUUGAUUUGUCUUUCUCCAACCCUCCUUGUUGUAUUUCUUCGAUGCCCAGGUUAUGUAAAAUGCAGCAAGUGUGCUAUGACAGUAGGUCACCACCUGAUAACAGGGCUACCCAGAGCAGCACAGGCUAGAGCACUGCUCCCAAGAGGGGCCUGUGCAGCACCAGAGAGAUUUGGAACAGUUUCCCCUGGGAAGAGGAUGUCUGUUUGAUGUUCGAGAACAUUUGGCAGGAACAGCAAGAAUUGGAUGUCAGAUACAAAGAUGUUACUUUGUCUAAACCCAGACACAUGCAUGAUAAAGCUAAAGGACAGAAGGAGAACAGGGCAGGCAGCUGUCCCCAGACAAGGACAGAGGGCAGUUAGUACCUGGGUUUAGCAAGAACAGCUUGAACUGGGCUGCAGGCUUGAGGGGGAGCACUCUACUUGCUGCUCUCCUCAAGCACCAGAUCUACUCUCUGCUGGGCAGUCCCACUCCAUUUAGCCCUGGAGCAUCUUGAUCACAUUGUUCUCUUGUCUAGAGAUUGUAUGCGUUUAGGAUGUGGGAAACUGACCCACAAAGCAUAGUUUAAGUGUUUUUAACUCUCUUUGCCUCCCUUUUCUUUCCAAGGUGCAGCUGAGCAACACUUGCUGCUGCCCUGGCAGAGCUAUACUACCACAAACUACUGUACCGCUCUGUUUCUAGAACAGCUGUGAGAAAGCACACUGGUUCAUCACAUGCAUAGUCCAUAGCAAGACCAAGAUCAAUGAUGGGUAGGGGCAGAGAGCAGCCUGCUGGUGCAUAAGACAUUCCCAUCCUAACCCAGCAGCAACAGUUGCAUCCUCAUCUUCAUCUCCUUACCCUUCAAACCCAUGUUCCAUUAAUUCCCCUCCCUGGGGCAGCAUAAGGACUCUCCUGCUCAAAAGCUAGUCCUGCACAGGCAGCAAUGGUAAGAACGCCUUUAUUAAAAACAGACUUCCCUUUGACAAGCAUGUGGCAAUUACAAAAACAUGCACAGUACAUUAGACAGCACAGAAACCACCCUCCCGAACAAUUGCUCUACAUGGAGUUUAAACUUCCGUUCCAGAAUCUGCUCCUCCCCUCCACCUGGCAGUGCCAACACCUCCCUGGGAAAUGGUUUGGCAGUUGAAUGUUAUUUUAAAUGAAUAAAUUUGUAUAACAUAGCUGGCAGGAGCAUACUGUGCAGCAGGCAAGUUGCCUUUCUAGCUCUCAUCUCCAGCCACAAGCUCAGUUCAA